AUGAGAUACGAAAAGAUCGAGAAGAAACCACAAGAUAAAGACUCUGAAGACAGGGAGACAAAACAACAACAAGAUUCAGAAGUUCCAUCUCAGCCUGCCUCCCAUAGUGGUCUGACAAACCAAAUGAACCCGGCAACCAAAAGUGAACAGAAUGGCCAGGGCCAGAGCACUGGUAGCGAGAAUGACACAGCCGGUGAAAGGAGCAAAUCUCUGAGUGACACAACUUUGUAUGUUCAAAACAACACGAGUGAACAGCCUUCAAAUGAUCUAAAAGUACAAACCAAUGCAGAGGAAUUCCAGAAGGCAGACAAGGAGACUAAACAGAAAGAUGAUGAUGUUCCCCAUCUUAAGAAUUCACCAGAGACAGAAGUUAAGGAAUGUAAUGAUCUAUUCAAGUCUGCUCAUAAUCUCAUUGAUAAGCUGUUACAAAGGACGAAGAGUGCAAAAGAGCCUGAAGAACCAGGUUUCAGUGGAGAGUUUCCAAGAAUCCUUUACAUUUCAGUACAGAGAUCUGUGUAGUUUACAGAAGUUACUGAAUGAGAUUGAGAAGAAACAACAAGUCAUGAAGAAGGAGACAAGGUCCAGACCUUUGGAGUUGGAUUCCUCGUUCCAUUUUGCCCUCUCCUAAAGUUUUAGUUAUUGAAGUUGUUUCCUCGGUCAAAACCAGUAAAACAGGGUGAUGUUCUUAAAUGAACUUACCAAAAACUGAAGAAUCAAAAAUUACAAUAGAAGACCCAGCUUGACAAUGAGUCUAGACAUUUGGUUCUACUCUUUUUGUCCAGUGGUCUCAAGAAUUGGAACUGACAUUGCUGUGGCACUAAAGGAAGUUU